GAGUGUUUUGCUUUCUAAGUAAGACGGCGACUGUUCGUGGAACGUUCUUUUUCUGUAUAUUUAUAUUUGUUGCGUUGCUGGUCUGGUUUAUGGGUAACCAACCCUCGAACAACGAGGAUAUGGCUGCUCCGGUUAUUGUGAAUGCGACAGCGAGGCACACAGCGACGCUGAUAUUUCUGCAUGGUCUGGGCGACACUGGGCACGGCUGGGCGGCAGGACUAGCGGAGAUCAAGCCAGCAUAUCUGAAGUGCGUCUGCCCAAAUGCGCCGACGAUGCCUGUCACUCUGAACGCAGGAUUCCGCAUGCCAUCGUGGUUUGACAUUUACACGUUGCAACAAACGUCUAUGCAGGACGAGGAAGGGAUAAAGAAGGCAGCUGAAAACUUGCAUACACUAAUAGAUGAGGAGGAGAAGAAAGGCAUACCCUCUAAUCGCAUCAUGGUUGGCGGCUUCUCACAAGGUGGCGCUGUCUCUAUCUACGCUGCGUUGACGUACAAGAAGCCGCUAGGUGGCCUACUGAUGCUGAGUUCAUGGCUUCCACUGAGCAAUCAGUUCCCUGAGAUCGUCAAGGGCAACACCGAGACUGCGAUAUUCCAGGCGCACGGGGAUGUUGACCCCGUGGUUCCGUUCGCCUGGGGCGAGCUCACGGGGAAAAAGCUAAAGACAUUCGUCAAGAAUUACGAGUUCAAAUCCUAUGCAGGCUUGAUGCACAGCUCCUGUCCACAGGAGAUGGACGAUGUUAAACAAUUUAUCAAUAAGCAUCUUCCACCCGUGUAGGAAAACGUGACGAAUGAGGUGUCGUUUGUUCCCAUCUAAGGCAGAUGCAAGGCAGCUGGUAAUGGGAGAAUGAGAGGCGGAUGAUACCAGUGCUCGUCUGAAUGCUCGUGCAAGCGAAGAAACGGCACAGCCAUUGAUCGAGAAAACCUGCUAAUGCCAGUGUACUGGGCCAUACCCACAAUUUGCUCUUCGAUAUACCAACAGAAAUGGCAGGGGUGGUGUCGCAUGCAGAGGGGCUGUUACAGAUCGGUGGGGAGCUACCACCUGAAUGUGGGUGUUUACUUCACGUACGCUGCAAGCUACGACGUGUGCCGGAGUAACUGUAUUAGAAUCGGGUUUUCAAAUGACAGCGGCAUUAAGAGUAAGUGAAGUUGUCAUACAUGCUAAUGCAACGCUUUGAAAUCUGGAAGUGGUCUAUCCCAUUUGGCGUGGCGCAUCAGUAAAAUCGACUGGCACUAGUUUGCAAGACUGCGUUAUUGCCACAUCAAGCAGCAUAGCCAAACACUGUGGUAACGAUUUUUUCCCAUUUAAAAAAAAUAAUUACUGUAGUAAUUUAAAGCCACACAAUGCGCAUCCAAACGCUAAUUUCUCCAG